CCCCGCGUCGACCCGCGGGAUCUACGCCCGCGUACGGUUUCGCACGCCACGUCCACCCGCGGCCACCGCUCCCGCCUGCCGCGCGCGCCCGCGACUCCCCGGCUCCCGCUGCCCGCUCCCUCCGACCGACCCAGCCCGCAGUCCGAGAUGUCCGAGCUGCCCGCCGACCGCAGUGGCCCGGCGCCGGGCGCCGCGAGUGGCGCCCGCGCUGCCCGGCAGGAGGAGGCAGGCGACGGGAGGCAGGCGUCGGCCCCGGCGCUGCCCGAGAACGCCCGGGCCGGUCCGAUGGUGGCGGCAGGCGCGGUUCCGAUGGCGGCGGAGGGCGAAGGUCCGAUGGCGGUGGAGGGAGAAGGUCCGAUGGCGGCGGCCGAGCAAGGUCCGAUGGCGGCGGCGGCGGCGGCGGGAGGAGGUCCGAUGGCGGCGGCCGGACGGGGUCCGAUGGCGGCGGCGGCGGCGGCGGCGGGAGAAGUGCCGGUGGCGGCGGCGGCCAGGGACGCCCGGAUGGCAGAAGUGGGCCGGGUGUUGGCGGAGCCCGCGGAGGACGAGGGUCCCGAGAACAGGCGCCGGUCCAGGGCCGGGCACGGCCAGGGCCGGGCCGCGCUGCCCUACCUCCGCCUCCGCCACCCGCUCAGCCUCCUGGGCAUCAAUUACCAGCAGUUCCUGCGCCACUACCUGGUCAACUACCCCAUCACCCCCGGCCGCAUCCAGGCGCUGGAGGAGCGCCGCCGCCGCUUCGUGGAGGCCUGCCGGGCCCGCGAGGCCGCUCUGGACGCCCACUACCAGCGGAACCCGCAGAGGAUGGAUUUUGACAUCCUGAUGUUCACCAUCGCGCUGACGGCCUCCGAAGUCAUCAACCCUCUGAUCGAAGAGCUGGGCUGUGAUAAGUGUAUCAACAGAGAAUAG